UUUGUUCGACAGAGAAACAACAGUGAGGAGAAUCGAGAAGAAUGGCCUUACAGAGAAACUCACCGGAAUCACACACCCAAAUGAUCACCAUUGAAACCCUCACUGCACGGAUCUGCUCCUUCUUUGAAGGAAUCGGAUCACAGCAGAUGCACUUGCUGGUCGAAGGGAACCCGGACCACCCCACUAAAGUCCUGCUAGCAGAAAUGCUGUUGGACAUUAUUCACAUCUGUGUCCAGUCAACCCUGGAACAUUUAGGGAGGACACAGACGCAGAUGUGUGAGGAAGACGUGUCGGCUGCCGUAGCUGACGCUCUUCCUCGCAGCUUCGCGGAGGCUUUAGAAGAUCCGAUCAGCAGUGACCUGACAGAUAACCUGAAGGAACUGCUGGUUGAAGAGGUGAUCGACAACCUCAGAUCUUCAUCCUCCAGUGAAGAUUCUAGCCCCAGACUGACGCCUCCACAGCGGGUCAGCAGUAUGGUUGAUGAAGCCAUCAAAAUGAUCCACAGCUCUGCUGCUGGAAGCGGACAAAGCCCAAAAGAUUUAGAGGCUUUGAGGAGUCUGAAGUCGGACCUCAUCUCUCUGAAAUCCACCGACAGCCUGGAUACGACCAUCGAGAAGGUGGUCCACAAUAUCAUCCAGAAGACGGUGGAUGAAAUGACGGAGUCGCUCACCCAGACCAGCCUGAUCUCAUAUAGUUAUGAGAUAGAGAGGCACAUCAGCGAGGAGACGGACAAGAUCUCCUCGCACCUCUCCUCAGUCCUGGAAGCGCAGCUGAAUCCUCCGUGUGUGGAACAGGACGCCGAGGAAGUCGCCCCAAAAGGAAUCGUAGGGAAGGUGAAAACCUUCCUUGCGAAAAUGUUUGCGAAGGCGCUGAUGUUCCGCACGUGGGGGCGCUUCGAGAAGAAGGUCCACAGAGACCUGAAGAGGUACAGCAAGGAGGCGACGGACGUCCUCGUCGAAGCCGUGGAAUCUCUGCUAGAGGUCCACGAGGAGACAAAGGAGAUUUGUUUCCUUAACAUUCCCGAAAAUCAGACGCUGCAUUUCACGCAGGCUCUGACAGACAUGCUUUACGAGAGGUCCACGGAGAUGGUGAUCCCUGCGCAGCUGCGCAACAGAGACCGUCGCUACUCGGACAUCCAGUACCGAGUGGUUGUGUUCCUGACGCUGGUCCGCUGGUGGAUGACCACCCUGAUGGUGCCGUACACCAGACAGAUCUUUACGUGAAGCUCUAUGUGGUGAAUGUUGCCGCCCAGAAGAGGAUAAUCAAGAAGAAGACCAGAGUGUGUCGUUCCUUUAACGAAACCUUCCGCUUCUGUAUGAACCCAACCGGACACUCACUGCAGGUAUACGCCCAUCCUCACCACCUUAUAUACACACACACACACAAUGAUGUUUGCUCCACAAUACUGACAAUCUCUAAUCAUUCAUACACUAGCAGCUAAAGAAUGUGAACAUAGUAAAUGACUGGCUUGAGAGGAAGUAGAUGUAGAGAUCUUUUGUAUGUGAAUAUGAAGCUAGAAGCUUAGCAUGAAGACUGGAAAUCAGCAAACAAGGAGCAUGACAAUUAAAGGGUAACUCCAUCUCAAACCAUCAAAUGUUUCCAACAAUUUCUGCUCGACAACCUCUGAUUUGCCUAAAAUGUUUACAGCUUAAAAUGUAGGUAUUUAUAAAGACAUUUGUAACAUUUCAGCUCAUUAUGUUACAUACUUACCAAAUUAAACAAAAACAACUUUCUAUUAUUUUUUGUAACUUAGAAUUUAAUAUUGACAACAUAUUAUAUAUGUUUUGUUUCAUGUUACUGUGACAUGGAACUACAUAUGGCUCAGGAAAUAUCAUUUGUUGACUUCUGCAUUAUCAAUGUUUUUGGUCCUAAGUGCUCCAAGAUGGAACUUACUCAUGACACCUCGAAUUUUUUUCAUAUUUCUCCUCACCUAUAAUCACAGACUAUUUGAUAUAUUAGUCCAAUAUUGCAGAUUCUAUGUUAAAGGCAUGAUUAGAAAUAACAGUAAAAAUUUCAGGCUUUUAUCUUUAAUAGUUAAAAUGAGUGUUUGUCAUCCAAAUAUAGCCUUAUGUUUCAAUGUGCAAAAAAAAAAAGAAAAUGAAAUGGGCAAUUUUAAAAAGUGUAUAUCUUAUAAAGUACACUAGCAGUCAAAAGUUUAACACACCUUCUCAUUCAGUGCUUUUUAUUUAUUUGUAUUAUUUUCUACAUUGUAGAUUAAUACUGAAGACUAACACUUUUUUAUUAACAACACAAUUCCAUAUGUAUUCUUUUAUAAUUUUGAUGUCUUCCGUGUUAAUCUACAAUGUGUAAAAUAAUUAAAUAUAAACCUUUGAAUGAGAAGCUGUGUCCAAAAUUUUGACUGGUAGUGUAUAUAAAAUUAAAAAAUUCUAGAUACUAUUUUAAAUAUCAAUAGUUUAUUUAAAAAAAGAGUUUCAGGCUAAUCCAAGAUGGUCAAGCAGAAGAUUCCUGAUAUAGUUGGAUUAUGUUCCUUUUGUCGUUGCUUACGCUAACAUUACUUGUAAACCGACAACUAAAUAAGGAAAGGAAACCAUCCUUUCCUUAUUUAGUUGUUUAAAGCAAUGCUAUUCUAAGGUUCCCCAUAGUUUGAGAUAGAAGAACCCAAAAGAAUUGCUUUAGAUAUACACUAAGUUCUUGUAAACCUGCUGUAUUCCUUUAAAUACUCAAUCAUACGUUCUUUUGUUUUCACACCAGCUGUUCCUAGUGUGUGUGUGUGUGUGUGUGUGUGUGUGUGUGUGUGUGUAUGUGUGUGUGUCCAGCCUCAUUAAAGAUCGUCUCAGCUUGAGGUAAAACCAAUUUUUAAGGGCAUUAACACCAGAGCAUCGUGUUUAUUGGUUGGUUAAUUUUAAAAAAUGUUCUUUCUCAGCUACACACACACACACACACACACACACACACACACACACACACACACACACACACACACACACACACACACACACACACACACACACACACACACACACACACACACACACACUGAUUAUGGAUGAGUUCUACAGCAGAGUUCUAGAAUCUUUCUUGUGUUUUUCAAUUAUCUGUUCAUCUGAUUACUUUCAAACUGGAUGUGUGAGUCUCUCGGACUUUGAGGAAGUACAGUGUUGAUUUUAUUUCUCUAUUUUAAUGUGGAACACCUUGAUUUGGCUUUUCCUUCUUUUUUUGACAAGAAUAUAAAGAAAAAGAACUUUCCAUUGAGCCAAAGAUGCAUCGACUGAACCCUGGUUUCAGUGGGGUAAAUACUGAUGCACUCACUAAUUUCACCUUUUAUAUUGUUUAUCUCUUGACAGUAUUUUGUUAAAAUCUGUCUUCACUUUGACACGGAAGGGUCAUAUCUUUAUAAAUGCUUCCUGACUCACUUCGACUCUCAGGAUUCAGUGGAAAUAUUUGGAAUAAAUGUCUCAGAAGAUAAGACAAAAUAGGCCUCUAUUAAUCCAGCAGUGAAUAUGUUUGCAUUGUUCCAACAGCAAAGAUAGUGCAAACAUUUUGAAAAAAUAGUACAAAAAUACCGAAAUAACCAAAAUAAUACAAGAUAUACUUAAGUACUGAUAAUAAGAAUAACGUUAUUGCACAUGCCAAUGUUAUUGCACAGAUUCUUUCACAAAUGAAAAUGUUGACAUAAGUAUUAAUAUUGCACAAGUUGUUAUCUAUAUUGCACAAAUUUUAUUUAAACAGAAAAAUACCGAUGAGCACAUGUCCUCCUCGUAUAUGUACACAGAAUAAUAUUGCACAGGAUAUUAUAAAAGUACAGAACAAUCAUCAUAUUGAACAGAAUAAAACAGCAGGACUAAUCACAGCAUAGAACAUUCCAAAAUAAAUCCAACAAUGCGAAAAGUAAAAAGUCAGAUUAUCUGUGAAGACUCAUAAAAACAAUGAACUCUCAAAAAUUCCUCUUCAAAAUAUUUAAAACUUGAUGAUUUAAGAUAGUCUCCUCUGAAAAUAGUCCUUGGAAUAUUUAGAAGCAGCAUCACCUGAAAAUAAAUCAAAUUCAGUUCAUUUUCAGAAUCUUCAGAAACCUGAAAACUCUGAAAUGAGACGUGAAGUCUUCAGAUCUGAUACACACACAUGCAGAAAUAUUAUAUGUUGUUUUUUUUUGUUUGUUUUUUUUGUUUUGUUUUUUUAGAGGGGGGUAAGAAAGGAAGGAAAGGACAGGACAGGAAAGGAAAGGACAGGAAAUGAAAUGAAAUGAAAUGAAAUUAAAGGAAAGGAAAGAAAAGGAAAGGAGGAAUAGGGGGUAGUGGGGAUGGAUAGAAAUAGUCAUUAACCAAUGUGGGUUUUUUAGAGCUGAUGUCGACAACAUAUCUGUUUUUCUUUUUUUUUUUUUUUUUUUUUUUUGGUUCAUUGAGAAACUCAAUCACCGAUUUGUUGAACGAACAUCAUGAGAAGCUAUUUGCGGACAGUAACCUGCCAUUUACAGCGAGGCCUCUUCCUAAUAAAGGAUUAGUUUCACUGAAUACUAUACAAUACUAAUAUUAGCUGUGAUGUCUGAGUGUCACGGGACACUUUCUUCUCUGUUUUCUUAAUCUUUUUUAUUUUGCCCACUACGGUUAAUGCCUUAUGAACUAAUUAGCCGAUAGACAAUACCAAUUAUCAAGAAAUAAUAAGUGGAUAGGUAGUAGUGGUAGGGGAGUAGGGGGGAUGGGGAAAAGACAAGAAGGAAUAGAGGAUGAAGGUGAGAGAUGUUGGAGAGGUGAGGAGGAAGGAGGCAGAAGGGGUGAGGAGAUGGAGGAGGAGGAGGAGGCUAAGCUGAGCUACCAGCAGCCUCCUCCACCUUCCUGUUGCUCUUGAACCAACUCCAGAAGCUCUUCUUCUUCUUCUUUGCCUUCUUCUCCUGCUCCUGUGGUUCUUCUCUCUCCUCGAUCACCUCUUCAGUCUUUUUUUGGUUGCUCUGUCUGUCUUUGGUCCUCCUGAAAAACUCCUGAAAAACUCAACAUGGACAAUAUUUUUCCAAGUGCCCACAGGUGUUUAAAUACUAGAAAAACAGUAGUGAUUCUACAUGAUAGAGAUGUUUUACUGCUUACAUUUUCAAUUUGUUUCCCUACUUGUCUUCUUUUUCCUCCUAUUUGUUUGGUGUAAAACACACACAGUGAUUCAGACAAAUAGUUGCUGAAUUUUUAUCACAUGACUGAGUCAACAAGGAUCCCAGAAUAUGUAGUUUUUUACAGAAUUAUUUUAGUUCAAACAAAUUUUUUAUUUUUUUUUUGCCAAAUUCUUAAAUGAGACAUGCAGAAUAAAUUACUUUUGAACAAAUAUUACAAAAUCUGAUUUAUUUUUUCUGAUGGAACUCUAAGUUUCACGUGAGUAGUUUGAGAAAAUCAGAAGCUGAAAAUUUGUAAAUUAUUUCUGAUUGUUUUUUUCCACCCAAGUUUAUAUUCAUUUUUAUAUAAUUACACAAACCAAGAAAAACAAAUGAGCAAAUAAAACAGUUGAACAAUGCCUGGGUAGUAACAGAGCAUCUACAUCAUCCUUCAGUCCUAUUAAUCAUAAUUUUCCCCUUGCUCUCUUCCAACGUUCCCAUUUGGAGUCCUGUAUUCAGUCCACUUAGUCCACUUUUGGUCCAUUUGUGCUUCCUGUAGUCUCAGUUUGUGAGUUAGUUUUUCCAUUAUGUAGAUUUCCUCAGUUAUUUUCAACCAUUGAUCUUUUGUUGGUGUUUUCCCCCAGUUUCUUGUUAUGGCUUUUUUACAUGCCACUAACAGUAUUUUGAUUCAAUGUCUGUCAUUUCCCAUCACACUGUCUUCAGAGAAAUUACAAAGAUAAAGCACACUGCAGCUCAAAGGGAUCUUAUAACCCAUUAUUUGUUGUCGCUCUUCACAUACACUUUCCCAAAACACGGUUAUUUCCUGACAUUUCCAAAAAACAUCUACAUUAAGUUCUCCACAUUCUCUCCAACAUUUUUGAUGUCAGUUUAACAGUUUAUUUUUAAUCUUUGGCGUAAUAAAGAAGCGUGCCAAAUUUUUCCAGGAGAACUCUCUCCAUAUCCACGAACUAGUGGAUGAAUCUUCCACAUAUUAAAUCAAUCAUUUGUAAUCUGCAUAUUAAGUUCCUUCUCUCAGUUAUGUUUUAUAUAAUUAAAUAAAUAAUUAAAUAAUUUAAAUGAUAUAUAGAUAUCUUUCGUUACAGUUCAGGAAAAAUGGAAAUCCAAACUCAGUGUACCUGAACUAGAACAUGCACAAUGGGAACCUAUUCACCAUGAGGAAAUGAUUGUAUGUUACUAAAAUUUAAUGGGUUAAAUAAGUCAGUUUUUGAAAUAUGUUUGAUACAGAAUUGGUUUUAAUAAAAGCUGAAUGUUGAAAAGUCA